AACGCCGCAUAGCGACAGCAGACUUUAUCAAAGCCACCGUCUUAUCGUGCUUGUAUAUGGUUCGGAGAACCCUUUUUUUUUCUAAGUACUUGCGCUAGCGCUCUACACAAACCAUCAACUGCUCGCCAUGUCCUACAAUCAGUCUUUCACGCCGCAGGCGGGCGAGCACAACCUAUCCGCUCAAUUCAUCACUCCUCAGUAUCCGCGACCGAAUGGUGGUUCUGCACCUAGAGACAUCCCAGGCCGCCCUCGUCGACAGUCCUCCGUCUCAAGCGGGUACAGCAGUUAUCCACCGCCACCAAUACCCGGCUAUGGCAUGACUCCGCCGGGAGGGUACAGCGGCAGCCCCGGCAUGGCAUACAGCCCACAAAGUGGUCCGUAUGCUACCAGUCCAACUCAGCACAUGGCACAACCUCCACACCAGAUGCCCAUGAAUGGCGCAUCCCCUACAAGCCAUCAUAGUGGCACGUACGGCACGUCGCCUGGUCAUUUGCACCCAGUAGCUGCCGGUACUUCACCUCCUGGAUCUGGUUGGCAUAACCCCGGCUUCGCGCCGUCCAGCUAUCCAACUUCGUCCUAUACGUCGACUGAACACCGCCGGUCCUCGAGCGGAUCCUACAAGAGUGGCCAUCAUUCAAGCGACUCGGACAGGAGUAGGCACAAGAGACGGACGUCCAUGCCGGCGCGAUACGACUCGCCUCGACGACCAACCAUGACCGACAGCAUCCUCGCGGCUUGGGAAGGCAUCAAAGGGGCCUUUGACAAACGCAAGUGACGUUCAUCUCAGCGUUCUCUGCGACGAGAAAAAUGGAUGAAUUUGGCUGCGGGCUGCGGGGUCUGGAUUCGAUUGUAGAUCGUGUUUCUGUAAAACGUCACGGC